AUGUGCGGCCGAUACGCAAUGGCCUUGCGGCCCUCCGAACUUCGCCAAUGGCUCCAAGACGACGACAUGCCCGUCGACGAUUCGCCCGCAGACGACGGCGACGGCGCUCCCCGGCAAAGCUACAAUUUCGCUCCUGGCUACCACGGUGUGGUGUAUCGUGCCGAUACGCCCAGCCAUGGCGGCGGCGGCUACUCAAGGCAGGCGGGCGCCAAUGCCGGUUCUAAUGCCGGUUCCAAUGCCGGUCCUAACGAUCGGGCUGAACACGAUGUUGAUGCUGCUGAAACCGACGACACCGGGGCUCCGAAAACCAGUGACACCCCCACCCACUACAAACUCCAAACAAUGAAAUGGGGCCUCAUCCCCUCCUGGACCAAAAAACACAACAACCCCUCCAACCCCUCCUCCUCAUACUCCUCCCUCCUCAAAACCAUCAACUGCCGCGCCGACUCCCUCGCCAUGCCGGGCGGGAUGUGGGCGAGCAUGAAGACCCGCAAGCGCUGCGUGAUCAUCGCCCAGGGUUUUUACGAGUGGCUUUCUCGACCCGGCGGCGGGCCGAAGGAUAAGGUGCCGCAUUUUGUGAAGAGACGGGAUGGGGGGUUGAUGUUCUUUGCGGGGUUGUGGGAUUGUGUGAGGGGGGAAAAGGGGGAAGGGGAAAAGGGGGAAGGGGAAAAAGGGGGGGAAGGGCUGUACACGUACACGGUGAUCACGACGGAUAGUAACAAGCAACUAAAGUUUUUGCAUGAUCGGAUGCCGGUUAUUUUGGAGGCUGGGUCGGAAGGGCUGUGGCGGUGGUUGGAUCCGAAGCGGACGGAGUGGAACGGGGAAUUGCAGGGGUUGUUGAAACCGUUUGAGGGGGAGGUGGAAGUGUAUCCGGUGAGUAAGGAGGUGGGGAAGGUGGGGAAUAAUUCGCCGAGUUUUGUGAUUCCUGUUGCGAGUAGGGAGAAUAAGGGGAAUAUUGCCAAUUUCUUUGCUGCGGCGGCUGGGAAACAGAAGGGAGUGGAGGUAAAAAUGGAGACGGGGGCGAGUCAGGGGGACGAGGAAACGAAGACCGAGACGGAGACGGUAGGGGAGUUGGGGAAGAUGGGGCGUAACGAUGGGACGGAUUCGCCAAAGAAAGGGAUCAAGAGAGAAGCGGACUCAUCGCCCACGAAAGAACAACCACCGUCCAAAAAGACAGCGUCUUUCAAGUCGGCUUCUCCGAUGAAACAGAAACCGCAGGCCCGAGGCAAGAUUAGCGCGACCAGCAACGCCCAGAGGAGCCCGGUAAAGGCUAGAGGGAAGCCGGAUGGGAGCCAGAAGAUUACCAAGUUCUUUGGGAAUACUGCUUGA